GGAAUCGCCGGUAUUUCAAGAAACGAAAUGUGACCUUACCUACUAUUGCAAUAGAAUGGCUCCUUUUCCUUUAAUUAAACUAGCUUACCUUGCUGUAAAACAGAUUAGUAAACCUAUCGCAAAUUCUAUAAAACGAAGAGCAAAAUCACACCCUUUUUUUCGAACAUAUAUAUGUAUGCCACCUGCCCAAUGUAAGUAUACUGAGGGCAUUAUUAUAAUAAAACUAAUGAUGACUAAACUAAGUCUAAGACUAAGAAGACUAAACUAAACACUAAACUGUACUAUUAAUAAUUUAUUAAAUUUUAUUUAAAAAAUAAAUGUUAAAAAAAUAUUUAUUAUCAUAUAUUAAUGAAAUUUAAUGAUCAUUAAAAAAAUUAAUGAUAUAUUCCCAACACUUGGUCCGGGUAUUUUGAGAAAAAAUUCCUUUCUAAAGAAAAUAAAUUCAUCCUAUUUAUUUAUUUACCCGAGUUAAGACAUUACACCCAUGACAGGCCAUGAAACUCACUACCUCCUCUCCUUUGAUGCCACAAAAACUCUCGUCUCUUCACUCAUUCUUUCAAAAUUUGACUACUGUAACAUUCUUCUCUCAGGCAUUCCUCAACACCACAUAGAAAAACUUCAGAAGGCACAGAACUCAGCAUGCAGACUCAUUUUUAAAUCAAAGAAACAUGACCACAUUCAACCACACAUGCGGCAACUCCACUGGCUUCCAAUAUCCUCUCGCAUCAAAUACAAGUCUUCCAAUCUUUGCUUCAACUCGUUCACUGACCCUCACUUUCCUGUCUAUCUCUCUGAACUGUUGCUUCCUUACAUCCCCACAAGACAACUACGUUCUUCCAUUGACAGUAGAACCCUCUCAAUCCCAAGAACUAAAACUAAGACCAUCGGUGAACGCUCCUUCUGCUUCCAUGGGCCCACGUUCUGGAACCAGCUCCCCUUCCAUAUACGUCAUAGUGAAACCUCGUCCAUUUUCAAAAAGUCCCUUAAAACUCAUCUGUUUAGGUCCGCCUAUGACCUGUGAUGCACCCUCCUUGCCCUACCUAAUUUUCUGUUUCGGUUUAAUCCUGAAGUGUCAAAGUGUCCUCUUUUUAUAGCCAUUUUCAUUGUUUCUAUAGAAUAGUAUUUACUAUCCUAGUGUCUCAUUUGUAUUUACUUAGUUUACAUGUUUUAAUAAUUGUAAAGCGCUUAGAGCUUUAUGAUAAGCGCUAUAUAAAAAUGCCUAAAUAAAUAAAUAAAUAGAGGAACAUGGACAUGAUAAAUAACAUUAAAAUAACAACACCCAAUAAUCGUCGCUUCCCCCCUAAAGAAAAAAAGUCAACCUAUUUACCAUUACCUGAGUUAAGAUGUCGUGCAUGAAGCUUGCUGCGUGACAGCCUUUUUUGUCAUUCAGUACUAUUAAUAUAAACCACGUGGAGUUGGGGGAAGGCAGUUUUUUUUAAGAGGAAGCAGGACGAAACAGAAGCAAAAUGUAUAUAAGAGAUAACCCAAUUUGGUAGAAUAUAGGCCGAUUUUUUUUUUUUUAUUAGUUUGAAUUUUAAAAUUUAUAAUAUAUUAUUUUUAAUAGUGUUACAGUAAUUUGAUUAUCAUUUUGUAAAACCCAUAAUUGAAAACCUGAUUAUUAUUUUUGAAGUUUACCAUUCUUAGUCUCAGUUCUAAUGUAGACCUCCUGGUGGUCAAAUCAUAUUUCAGCAUCAUAAAUUUAAUCAAUGACGAUAAAAUGAAAAAUAGUAAAAAAAUAUCUGUGAUAACCGUUUAUAUUGAUUUCUUAAUAAAUAUUUUAUUAACGUGUUAUUUAUUCAAUUAAUGUUAUAUUUUUCUAACGAAUCACUCAGCUUAUUUUAUUAUUUACAGUAGGAGUUUUAUGAUUGAAAAACUGUCUUUUUUCUGUAAACAAUCUAAACAACAAUUUGACCAGUAGUAAUUGUACUAGAAUAAAAAAAUUAAGCUUUUGUCAUGUACUUCAUUUAGUGUAAGUUACGGUAGAUCUACAUCUCCAUCAUUGAGUUGUUCUUAAAGAAAAUAUCUGCAUUCAGCAAGUGAUCAAUAAACCAUUUAUUUAUUUCAAAUCCUUAAAAGAAAAUUUACUUUCAAAAUCAAUUAUUACUUAAUGGGUUAUCUGAAUAUGCUUACAUUUGUUAAACCUUCAGACAUUGUUUUUAGUCAUCUGUAAAAGGGGAGAUAAACAAAUAAUUGUUAAAAUGCGAAACACUGGUUAAAUUUAAAUACCAUUGAUUAUCUAGUCUAAAAUAUGAGUUUUCUACAUCUGCUUCAUUGUUAGCAAUGCCUGACUCAGCAAUUUAAAUUUUAAUAAACUGAUCAUGACCUUAAAAAGUAUAUAGACCUAUGUCAUUAAAAAUGUAUAGUGAUGAUGCAUGCCUAUUACAUUAUACUAAACUAUAGCAUAUUUUUCAUACACCAUGUACUAUAAAUAAAGCUAAUUUGUUUAAAGCAGCCGUUCAUAAAUACCAUGUACUAUAAAUAAAGCUCAUUUGUAAGAGCAGCUGUUCAUACACCAUAUUCUAUAACUUAUUUGUUAGAGCAGUGGUAUCUCCUAAUGUGUGCACUGCAACACCCUUGGAGCUGUGGCUUCCUGACAAUAUUCUCCCAAUUUUAUUUUCAUUUUGAAUACAUUAGGUUAGAACGCAACAUCUAGCAGACCUGAAGUAAACUAGUACUCAUUAAUGACUCUUUGCAUAAGCCUUUGUCUCUGUCUAACCCAGGGAUCAGCAACCAUUUGUUGUGUUAGGAGCCAUUUUUAUGAAAUAGAUUAUUUUUUUUAGUGAUUUGACAAUUAAUCGGAAUCGUAUCGGAAUAAUCGAAAUAUCUGGAUUUUUCCAAAGCAUCGGGAAUCGGAGCUGAAUAAUUCAGACCCGAUUCCGAUACCAAAAUGAUUUUAUCAAAGACACUAGCUACAUCUUUGUAUUAUUAAAAUGGAAUUAUUGAUAGAUGUGUUUAUAUAAACCUUUCCAAGACAUUGUUAUAAAGCAUAUUGUAAACCUUCAAUAGCAAGUUAAUAAACUUUUCUAAUCAAUUCUCAACUUUUAUAUUAAUUAAAUAUGUUAAUACCUGGGCACAGUAAUACAUAUAUGUAAUAAUGGCCAGGAAUCGGAAUCGUGUCGGGAAUCGGGAUAAUUGGGUAGAAUCGGAAUCGUUAAAAAUUUUGGUAUCGUCCCAUCACUAAUUUUUUUUAUAUCUGCUACUGCUACCCGCUAAUAAAAUAUUUUGAGAGCCGCAUGUUAUUUAAGAUAACUUUUAAAAAGAGCCACAUCUAUUUCUUCAAAGUGCUACAUGUUGUUGACCACUAACCUAGCCCUUUAGUUUAAAGACAUUAUUUGAUAUUUCGCAGUGCACUUUUAGACUUAAAACAUAGGGUCCUAUGGGAAAACCUGGAUUCUAUAAGUAUAAGGGCACUGAGAAUUGAAAAAGUUUGGGAAGCUCAGUUUUAGUUUAUUAUUUGUGUAAAAAUGCCAGCCAAUCAGGAAUGUUACAUAAAUGAUUUUUACCUACAUUUUAAAGUUUUUAUUUGAAUCGUCACAUACAGUAUUUUUUUCUUAAAGGAGGGUGGGUUAUAAGUUACAAAUGGGUUUACAUUCAUCACAAAUCCCAUAAUUUAGAAUUCUGUUGAUCUUGCCAAUUUUAUAUAUUUAUUAGAAUCUAUUUAUUAUUCGAUAGGUGUGAAGUAGUGAUACAUUUAGUUCCAUACCAUUUGGUUAUUGGGCAGCUAUAUUCAUUAAUUGUCUCCCAUAUGAAAAUAUGGGAUAAAAUUAAUGAGCUAUAAAUAACCUCACAGCUUUAUUUAAAUUUUACUAAGACUUAAGCCAUUGUCUAUAUAAGCCCAUAUGUUGGGUUUAAACAUUUAGUAGAGAAAGAUUAAUUGGCUGGACUUGUGUAUGGAUGUUUGCAGACCAGCAGUGGCCUAAAGCUAAAUUUUAUUUUUAGUGGCCUAUGUAGGUGUGUAAAAAAAAACAACUAUUCUCUUUAAAGUGCCCCUUAUUUUACUUAAGUGAUGCCAUAGUGGGCACAAAUUUUUGAAAAGUCUUUAAAUAUAGCAAUUUAGCAUUUGAGCAACAAUAAAAGUAAUUGAGUACCACUAAAAUAAUAUUUGAACAACAAUAAAAUAGUAAUUUCGCAUCUGAGCAAAUAUAAAAUAGAAAUAGAUCACCAUAUAUAUAUUGUUCACCAAUUAUCUAUUAACAAAUGCAAACUUUUUCUCUUUUUACCAAUAUACAAGUGAACAUUAGAUAAUACCUAUAUUCAUUGCUUAUAAAUUAGAACAAUGUAGUAAGAGUGUGCUCCAAUAAAUGAAAUAGGCAGGAUUUCACAUACAGAACAAAACGUUUGCUCUUUAUAACAUUUUUGCUUUAUUUAUUUAAUUUAUCUGAAAUAUUCUCUUCCAGUUUAUCAUUGGUGUGAAGUCAACUUUCGACUCCGAUUAAUGGGUUUAGGACAAGCCAAAAAUGUCGAGAAACUGCCUGACAAAGAAGCUAUUGAAUUAGGUGGAGAGAUGCUUGGAGAGUUCAUUGUUUUUUCACUAGCUUGCCUUGUUGUUAUCUCGGAAUAUUUAAGAGGCUCCAGGAAAGAAGCCGCCAAAGAAGAAAAAUCCAAACAAGAACUUGGACAAAUUCAAUGUAAAAUAUCUGAAAUAGCUGCAGUCACAGAAGUUCAACAGUCUCAAAUUUUUGAUUUGCAGAAACAGAUUGACAUUUUAAUGGAAGAAAAGAUUAAACAACAAUUGAAAAAUACCAGUGGUCAAUAUGUAAAAAAACUAUUGGGAUGAAAGCUGUGAAGAAAUUGUCUUUGCUAUUUUUGUGUGAAUUGAGAGACAGCAAAUUUAGGUUUUUCCUGUAUAAUUUGUUUUUUUAAAAACCGGUAUAUUAUUUUAUCGAAGUGAUUUUUCCAAAUCAUCGUGCAAGAUAAUGAUUGGUACUAAAAACCAUUGGUACUGUACGAAUGUUAAUUUGUAAAUUGAUUUUUUAUAACUUUAUUGGUCUUCCUAUUUUUACUUCCCUUAGGCAAACGCUGCAUCUAUUUAAUUACUAGUAAUUAUGGACUACUUUUUCCCUUUCUAUGAUUAUAUAUUAAGCCUUCUUGAAUGCUAUCGUCUCAGUGUUGCCCUUAAAUAUUCUUUAAAUUUAAAGGGUAAUGCAUCCCACUUCAUAGGAUAUGGGACAGUGUAUAAUUAUAAGAAAAAUUGUAAUAUAUUUGACAUUAUUGAUCAAAUGUCAAUUAAUAUUAUGUUCCAUCAAAUAUAUUAAUAUUGCAAAUUUGGAAAUCACACAAAAGAAAUGCAGUUUCUAGUAGUACCCGGGAUUGAAAUUUCCUUAUGAGAAAGUCUUAAGCCUUGUCAGAAGUGUUGGUUUCAAUGAAGGCAUUGGUGUUAUCAUUUCUAAUCAAUACCAUUUCCAUAUGCUGAAGUCAGAUGGAUGUCACAUAUAAAAAUAAAAAAACUAAUUGAAGAUAAAAAGUGAGGAAUAAAAUAAAUUGUACUCCAAAAAGUAUAUUUGCAUAAAUGAAAUAAUGUGACAUUUUGUAUACAACUUUUAUGAAACUUUAAAAAUAUAACUUGUUUGUGUCAUUAUAUUAUGCCUGAGUAAUAUUGUGUAUGCAGUGGCAAUCAAGGCAUCGAGCUAAUCAAUAAUUGGCCAUCUUUCUUAAGAGGACAUGUAGUAAAUUAAAAAAUUGUAACUUUCAGAUGGUUUUUAAUUUGAGUUAAAAAAGUGUUUUGUGUACUGUCUCAGUCAGUGUCUUUUAAGGGACAAUAUCAAUAUAAUCUUUUUAUCACUUGAAAUGUAUAGGCAAUUAAACAAAUGGAUGAUGAUGUUCCUGUAUAAAAGUUAUAAUACCGGUACAUAAAAAUACAUGUGUGAAAAAUAAUGAAAUGGAGUAUUCAGUGUAAGUGUACAUAUAAAGAGUAAACUAUCACCAUAUGAAG